CGCCAUCACUGCAGCGGUGAUGAAGCCCCCGAACCCUUUGAUGAAGCCAUACGAUGGAGUGGGCACUGCAACAACUCCCUUGUUAAUUUGCACUGACGUGACUGUCGUCGAUGUGUGUCUGUCUGUCUGUUUUUUGCCUGCAGGUGCAGAAUGACAGGUUCUGGCGCUACCUCUGCCGGCGCGAGAGGGCCACCCUCCGCAUCCCAUCGUCGCGCCUCUCGCCACCACCCCCACCAGACAAUACUACUGGACCGUCGCUCUCCCAUUCCAAUAGCCUCGCUGACCUGCGCCACGGGCCGUCGCAGCCUGCUGUCCCGGUCAAGCGGCUGGAACUCGAGACCCACAUGCAGCAGUGGAACGGGCACUUCUUCGCCGGGCCCCUCCAUCGGCCCGGCCUGGCAAGAAGCCAAUUAUCAUGAAGGCUGAAGGGAGUUGUCGGCUGAGACACGACAGAGAAAGCAAGGAGGCGUCUGCCCGUCGUCGGGAAGACGAUGACGCGUCGUCGGUGCUGUCGAGCAUCAGUCUGUCGUUUGAUUCAAAGUCGGUCUACACGGGGAAGACGGGCAGGUCGUCCACGGCCGACAAGAAAACAGACAAGAGCCAUCGCAGCAACAACAACAACAGAGCACCAGACAAGCAGAAGGAGAAGGAGUUCACGAGACUCUCAGAGCGGAAACAGCAGCCCCCCAGACCAUACCGGCCGAUGGAUCACCACAAUGUGCUGUCGUGCCUCCCUCCCGUCCUCCUUGAUCGCAAUCACCGCCACCAGGGGGCCAACCUGAGCUAUUCGACGCUCCUGGCUCUCAUCUCUGAGCCCAAAAAUGCUGACGAGGCGCGGCGGCAGGCCUUUCUGAAAAGCAUUCUGCGGAUGCAGGUCAGCCGUGAGAUGACUGACGGAGGGGGUGGGGGGGUGAGGUAACUGUGG